CUUGUAUAAUCAGGGUGAGGAGGAACAAAUAUAUAAGUGACCUAGACUUUUCCUUCAAGCCUCCAUGAACAACUUGAAUGACCCCCCCAGAUGGAACAUCCAACCAGAUGCCAGAGGAAGGGGGGCGGGGGCUGGGGAUGGCAACCAAUGGAACUACGCCCUGCUGGUCCCCAUGCUGGGACUUGCUGCAUUUCGUUGGAUCUGGACCAGAGAGUCUCAGAGGGAGAUCCAGAAGGUCAGAGCCCAGUAUGACGAGGAUGUGUCCACCAUGAGAGAUGAGAUGGAGACACGGUACAGGGAGACCCUGACAGAGAGGCGCAGGGCAGCUGCUAAACUAGAGCUGGAGCUAGAGAAGGAGAAACAGAGGGUGAAAGGCUACAAACAGGCCAUGAUCUCACAGAGCCAGCAGCUGAUGGAAGAGCGAAAACAGCUACAACAGGAGCGAGAGGCCUUGGAGAAAGACAAGCAAAUGCUGGUAAAGUCCGGAGCUGCGGGUGCUGUGCUGCAUCAUGCCCUGGAGCGAGAGCAGGACUGGUGCCAGAGAGCCACAGCCACCCUGAAGGAGUUAGAGGCUCACCUUUUGGAACGCCAGAAUGCCUACUGUUCCCUCAUCCAACCUCGAGAUCAGCGGCUGGAGAUGGAGAAGAACAUGCUUCUGAAGGUCGUGAAAGAACCCAUCGGGGCAGAACUAGACCUAGAGUCUGACCUGAUGGACAUUUUUAAGAGAGAUAAGCAUUGCGCUGACCUGCUUAACAUUGACAAGAGGAAGAACGGAAGCCUCAUGUGGGUGUAUCUCAAGUACUGGCAGCUGCAGGUCACUGUCCAGAAACACAAGAAAGCUGAGGAAGCCAUAUUAGGAGGGAAAAUCCAGCUUGACACAAAGUGACAAAAGACAAGGCUGGUGUUUUUCAUUUGACUAUUGAAGAGCACUGAAAAUGAACAUGUAUUGUUCAUUCUGAGGAAUUAUCCUUACUUGACAGGGAUGUUAUGGAAACACACAAGAUAAUCUCUGCAAGAUCAUAUUCAGCAUCUGAAAGUUCCAUCCUUCAUCUCAGAGUUUAGAAAAGAGGAGAACUUCUGUCAGGUUUAACAACAUCGACAUUACUUCAGAUGCUCCAGAUAAGAGUCAUUAGCUUUAAAUCAACUGUGGGAAAACCUACAAUCACAAAUAUGCAUUAGGAGCUCUCUGUUAAUAUCCAUAUUGGAUACUCCACCAUUGUUUGACUAUAUAUACAGGUUUAUUUUUUCUAUUUAUAUCCUUGGAAAAGGUGGUCGGAAAUUCUGUGUUCAUUUUACUGAGGUCGUCUGGGGGGCCAUGAAUCACUUCCAGGUGAGUAAGUGUGGGAAAAUUGCUCUUUCUGUCAUUGGUAUGAACUAAUGGCUUAAAACAAUGUUGCAUGUCAUCCCAGGUAACACGCAGAGAAAAAAAAUUCUCAUCAGGAAAAUUUGAUUUAAGAACCUCCAUUAAAUCAAAAACAGGCACACAUUUAAAACACACUGGCAACAUUAGUAAAACAUGGUAAAGUCUGCCAGUGCUUUGGCAUGUGUUGAUACUUGGUUUUUAUAUGUUGAUGGACAGUUGUGGGACAGUUUCCGUCUUCAGUCUGGUUUUGUGGGAGUAUUUAGACUAUCAGAAGGGAGAGAGGACUAUUUCAGGUGCAUGUGAAUUUUAGGGGAAAAUAUCACAAAGUAGUGCUUGGUACUGAAACUCAUUGCACUGCUACAGAAAAAAUAAAAUAUAAAACACA